GAGAGGGCGGUCGCGUCGCUCCUUGCAGAUUUUGCCGCCAAUUUUACGACAAUUGUCUGUAGCGUGUUUGAAUUCGGUGAAAAUUUUAAUGCAUUUAACUUAAACUUUAGACAGUUAAUUACUAAGUAGUUAAUAAGUAUGUCGGUGUAAAUAGUGGCUGUAAAAGAAAAUGUCGUAAUAAUAUAAGCAUAUUAUAUUAAAUACAUAAAUAAAUAGUGUCAGUGUUUGCGUGCUCAAUAAAACAUGAAAAUCGACUUAGCAAAUAGAAAACAAUGAUAAUUAAAAAAAAACGUUUUGAAGUGACAAAAAUAUCGAAUGAUGUUAAAGAUUAGAAAUGUUAGGGACGUGAGUGUUAUACUGUCAUGAAUAGGUUUGACAAUUCGUCGAAACAAGAUAAAAAUGACGACCAUGACACACGAGGGAACUGUACGAAGCAAAACAAAGUAUUGGAAUUGGACCUGGACUAUUUGGAGCGAGGUGGUGGGGGUACCCUGACGGUGGGCGGGGCUCCAAGCCUGGAGCCCAGUCCCGACAGCCUCGAUCUCGUCAAAGUGGUGCUGCUCGGAGCACCUGCUGUUGGGAAAACUAGUAUUAUACAGCAAUUCGUGUGGAGCGAUUUCUCGGAGGAGUACGUGCCAACCGACCGUAAACAUACCUUCUACCCUUCGGUGAUCAUCAACGAGCAUUUAUAUGAAGUCAAAAUUACGGACGUUCCAGUUAUACCGUACUUCCCAAUAAAUUCAUACUACGAGUGGGCUCACUACCGUUUUUAUGGGCUCAGAAGCGCUACAGCCUACAUCCUAGUCUUCGAUUUAUCUAACGUUGAAACUUUCCAGUACAUACGAACUUUGAGAGACCAAAUGGUGGAAAGUCGGGACAUGAGAAAUGUACCAGUGUUAGUGGUCGGCAAUAAACAGGACCUACUGUGUAGUAACACUCCGUCAGCAGCGAGUGGACUUCAGCAACUUGCGAUAGCUGAGAGCGCAUGUGGAGAUUCAAGAGAGAAGAGAAGAAAUAUCGUAAACUUAGUUCGUAAGCACUGGAAGUGUGGCUACGUGGAGUGUUCAGCUAAAUAUAAUUGGAGAGUUAUAGCUGUGUUCAAAGAGCUCAUGGAAAUGAUAGACGCUCUCGAGUGGAGUGGUGGAGGUAGAAGCUCGGAGCCACCGCCCGACUCCUCAGCCGGCGGGAGUACACAUGAGACUCGGUGCGUGAUUGCUUAGCACAGUUAAUUACUUUGACCCUUCCCUUGAUUAUUUUAAUAGAACCAUAAACAUGGGUCCUUAGAAGUCUUUACAAGAUUACUUUGACCCAUAAAUCUUUGUUUAUCUAAUCCAAUUUAAUUAAGUAAUGGAAGUUAUGUAAUUCAAACGGGGUGUUCGUCUAUUUUAAGGUUUUAUAAUUGACCGUUCACUGCUCGUCUGCAGGUUUUGCAGAUUCAUCAAUUGGGAAACUUGCACUUGAAAACUUUCGAUGGGCCUCGUUUGUGCAAAAUCCAAUCUAACCCUCGUAAAAUUGGUCCAUAAUUCAUGUAACUUCGAACCAAUUUGAAAGUUGGUCUUUUACUAAAAGUUAAUUCGUUUUAUAUAUUAUUAUCUAUUUUAGUCUGUUUCACCUUGACUUAAGGUGAAUGCGAUUUCAAAGAUUCUCUUAAACUAAAUAUAAACUAUUUUGGUUCUAUUGAAACAAUCAAGUCCACUUCAUGUCUAAACGCACACAUUUUAGAAAUAAUGAAUGCUGUUAAUAAUGCGAAUGUUUAAUGUUCAACGGUUGUAUGAGUAGUAAAUAUUGUUACAUAAUUUCGUAUUCCCAUCACAGUUAUUGGGUCAAUAACCAAUUCAGAUGACGCAAUUCAUGGAACUAUAGGACAAUUUAUUGUGGAAUAAUAAUCGUACAAACAUAAAUAAUGGAUUGAUCACACAUUGAUCCCUCUCAAACCAAUAAUGAAACCGUAAUAAUUCAUUGUAUUAGAGAAAAGCGGUUUCCACGAACGAUUUGUGCCAAAGCCAACCCCAAUUAUGACAUAUGAAAAGAAAUAUUAGACUUUUUUGGCUGAAUAUAGCUUUGGACACAAUCUAUUGCCGUUGUUUUAACGUUAUCAAUAUUUUUCUUCCUUGAAUUUACUUCGAAAAUUGUUGAUACUUCUUCAAGUAUAACAAUGAAAGGUUUUAUCCUAUAAAAUAACUUUUCUGCCAAAAGCCACAAUGACUUCAAUGAAUUUCAAUUUCCAACGCUUGUUGGUAUUAUUUAAAUUACUGAUUAAAUACCGGAGAAUUCAAUUUAUUUUGGGCUUUGUAGAAAGUGGUUUCGCAAAUGAUGUUAUAACAUGAAAUGAAUAUAAAAUGAAAUUGAUAUUGGUUGAACAGUUUAAACAAAAGCUCAAUUAUUUCUGGUGCCUGUGUAUCUCUGUUUAUUGAAAUGAGUUGAUAUUCGUUAUCGUUACUGCGAAUUUUGUUAAUUGUAUUCUGUUUAUAUUCUAUUUCAUCAAAAUAUCUAUAAUUUGAACCUUUAUGUUAACUCAUCUCUUCGUAGUAAGUGGAAAAAAUGCUUCAACUUCUACAAUAUGGUUGUCUAGAGCCCCAAAAUUUUCUUCAUAGUUCAUAUUUUUGUAAUCAAGUUUCAUGAUCCCACCGUAAUAAUACGCCCUUCUAACAAUAUGUAAGCUUUAAACUUAUUCGUGUAUUAAAUUUAUUUCAGGGUACUUUUACACUUUUCUACUAAGUCUUCGAUAUCUAGUUACUGUUUAGAGUCUCGGCAUACCUGAUAAGUUGUGAAUGUUGCGUGUACAAUUUUAUAGAUUAAAUAAUGUGUAACUGACUCAUUAAGAUCUGUAAACGAGAGAUUUUUAUCAUCAUUUCUAUCUUUAGUGUUACUUUCUUUUACUUCUUUAGCUAAUGUUUUAGAAUCAUUAGUUACUAUUUCAUUUCUAUCUUCUAUGAUAUUUUUAAAUGGUUUUGUAUUAUGUUCUUCAAUGAAUAGUAGUUAUCAUACACCGAAUUCUUCUAGUCCUAUAAUGACUCUGUGUUGUGCUUUUUAUGAAUGUGCUUCCUCUAUCUCAUGUUGUUUGUAAACAAUUUCUUUAUUAGCAUUAGGAAGAACCCUAACGUUGUAAAAUAAUAUAUUUACAAUUUGUUGCAUUUUAUAGUUAUUAGAAUAUUUUUUACAAUUUUUAUCGAGAUGUUUGAUAAACAAUAAAUUUGGGUGGAAAUGAGAAAUGUUAUCCAAGAUUUUGAGAAAAGAGAGAAAAUCUACUAAGAUAUUAAUUGUAUAAUGAAGAUGUAAGAAAUUGGGCGAAGCUAAUAUUUCUCAGUUUGACAUGGACUUAUAAAAUAUCAUUUUAAACAAUAAAUAUUGCAUAAAUUGCUGUGUGAACUUAGAAUUGAUAGGCAAUAGUUAUUUACUGUUAAAUAUUAUUGUAAUUAUAAUUACUAGAAAAGUGAGGAAUUAGGUAACACGUGAGUUAAAUAAUUGCCCAUUAAUGCAAUCGGUUAGGAUAUAAAUGUCAAAGUCACUGUCUCUUUGACACCUGUCUAAUUUGACAGUUAAACAUUUUGACACUUAUGAUGUUCGUUGGAGAAUAUUUAGAAUAUUUGGCGGGAAAAGAGAUUUCAAUUAAGUUAUGUCUUGUUACCUGUCCAAUUUUUUUUUAAAUUUAGAAUUAAAUUAUUGUUUUUUUUUAUGUGUACUAGAAGACGAAAAUUGUUAAUAGCAAUGAAGAAAAGUUUUGGUUUAAAACUAUUUUAUUUAAAACAUCUUAUGUUUUCAUUGUUUUUCAUAGAGGCCAAAAAUUUGUAUAUUAUUGCUGUGUGACUAGAAAAACAAAUGUAAGUAAGUUUUAGGUAUCGUUAUACAAAUGUUACACGGUGCAAUAAAAACGUU